GUUACAGCAAUUAUUAAGGAGAACGGGCUCACUUGCUCGGAGGUCCAUACUUCGGGCCCAGUACAACAACAAGGCCCAUAAACAAAACGAGAUUUGAACCCCGUCUUAGCUUUGUGAGGAUGGACAAGACGAAACGUUGUCGUUUCAAGCAAGCCCCAGCCACGAAGACGAGGUUGCAAGUUGCAACUAUGAUAUUGUUAAAAAUAAAAGAUAAAUGGCUAUUUGUUAGCAACCAAAAACAUAAGUCACCAUUCAUGUAAUUAACCCGACCUUUUCCAGAACCACCUACUUCGCUAAAACAAUUUCCCCGCCCUCUGGUACUGAUAAACCCUAUAAGCCACUUCCGUCACUUUUUGCUUCACCGUCCGUCGCCCAGCUCGCCUAAACCUUUCCCGCCGUCCCGUCGCCGGCUCGCCGUCCUCUAUCCUAUCUUCUCGUCGCCCCUUUCCCCUCACUCCCGUCGGGCAAAUAGUCGCCGCUGUGUCCAAAUCGCGAAGUCAAAGCAACGGCAAAAGCCCUCCUUCCCCGCAGUUCAACAUCCAGCUCUCGACCAACAGGUAACGUUUCAUUUCUCUUCAUUUUAGGUUAUGUAAGAUAAUUGUGCCCUUAGUGAAGGAACUUUAUCAUCGCCCUGUCCCCCUGGAUAGUUGAGAUGAAAGCCUCAGUGCUGAUUGUGUAAAACGUUGUGGCAGAUCUGAAACAUGGAUGAUAAUCUAUACGACGAGUUCGGGAACUACAUUGGACCUGAAAUCGAGUCCGAUCACGAUAGCGACGAGGAAGAACAAGAUGACGACCUUUCAGACAAGGCUCACGAGGAAGAUGCUGCAUCCGAUGAGGAGGAGGGGGUUCAUGCUUCCAAUGGAUGGCUUACAGCGUCUGGUGAUGUUGAUAUGGAGAACCAGAUUGUUCUUGCUGAGGACAAGAAGUACUACCCGACUGCGGAAGAGGUUUAUGGUGAAGAUGUGGAAACUCUGGUGAUGGAUGAGGACGAGCUUUCGCUGGAGCAGCCAAUUAUUAAACCUGUUAGGAACAUCAAGUUUGAGGUUGGGGUUAAGGACUCGUCGACUUAUGUGUCUAGCCAGUUUCUUGUUGGUCUGAUGUCGAAUCCAACACUUGUUCGUAAUGUGGCUCUUGUGGGCCAUGUGCAUCAUGGAAAGACGCUGUUCAUGGAUAUGCUGGUUGAGCAGACCCAUCAUAUAUCGACUUUUGAUACGAAGAGCGAGAAGCAUAUGAGAUACACGGAUACGAGGGUUGAUGAGCAAGAAAGGAGAAUCUCCAUCAAGGCAGUCCCGAUGUCGUUGGUUCUGGAGGAUAGCAAUUCUAAAUCUUACCUUUGCAACGUAAUGGACACUCCUGGUCAUGUCAACUUCUCUGAUGAGAUGACUGCUGCACUCAGGCUUGCUGAUGGUGUCGUGUUGGUUGUGGAUGCUGCUGAGGGAGUGAUGGUAAAUACAGAGAGAGCGAUACGCCAUGCGAUCCAGGACCGACUGCCGAUUGUAGUCGUCAUCAACAAGGUGGACAGGCUGAUAACAGAACUGAAGUUGCCUCCUAAGGAUGCUUACCACAAGUUAAGGCAUACCAUAGAGGUCAUCAACAACCAUAUCUCUGCUGUCUCUUCAACUGCAGGGAAGAGCACUGUUAUUGAUCCUACUGCUGGGAAUGUUUGCUUUGCUAGUGCUACUGCUGGAUGGUCAUUCACUUUGCAAUCAUUUGCUCGACUCUAUCUCAAACUCCAUGGUAUCCCAUUCGACACCAGUAAGUUUGCAGCUCGCCUAUGGGGGGAUAAGUACUAUCAUCCACAGUCAAGGACUUUCCAGAAGACACCCCCUGAGGGUGGAGGAGAUAGAUCCUUCGUUCAGUUUAUACUGGAACCUCUCUACAAACUAUAUAGCCAAGUGGUUGGAGAACACAAAAAGAGUGUGGAAACUACUCUUGCAGAGCUUGGUGUAACUCUUCCCAAUGCUGCCUAUAGAUUGAAUGUUAGGCCCUUGUUGAGGUUGGCUUGUAGCAGGGUUUUUGGCUCAGCUUCAGGUUUCACUGAUAUGUUGGUUCAACACAUUCCUUCUGCUAAGGAUGCAGCCAGUCGGAAGGUUGAUCACACAUACACAGGGCCAAAAGACUCUAUGCUUUACAAGGCAAUGAAAGAAUGUGAUCCCUCAGGCCCCUUGAUGAUCAAUGUCACAAAAUUGUACCCCAAGCCUGAUUGCAGUUCCUUUGAUGCUUUUGGUAGAGUCUAUAGCGGUAAAAUUAUGACAGGGCAGUCUGUGAAAGUAUUGGGGGAAGGUUAUUCGCCAGAGGAUGAGGAAGAUAUGACAGUGAAAGAAGUUACAAAACUGUGGGUGUAUCAGGCACGGUAUAGAUUGCCUAUAAGCAUGGCUCCACCUGGCUCGUGGGUUCUUAUUGAAGGUGUAGAUGCAUCCAUCAUGAAAACAGCUACACUGUGCAAUGUUAAUUAUGAUGAUGAAGAUGUGUUCAUUUUCCGCCCACUACAGUUCAAUACUCUUCCUGUAGUGAAGACUGCUACUGAGCCUUUGAAUCCAAGUGAGUUGCCAAAAAUGGUGGAGGGUCUUAGGAAGAUCAGCAAAAGCUAUCCUCUUGCCAUAACUAAAGUUGAGGAGUCUGGGGAGCACACUAUUCUUGGCACAGGAGAAUUAUAUCUGGAUUCAAUUAUGAAAGAUCUUAGGGAGCUCUAUUCUGAAGUAGAAGUCAAGGUAGCAGAUCCUGUGGUGUCUUUCUGUGAAACUGUGGUAGAAUCUUCUUCAAUGAAGUGUUUUGCUGAAACACCCAACAAGAAAAACAAAAUUACAAUGAUUGCCGAGCCCUUGGAGAAAGGUCUUGCAGAAAACAUUGAAAACGGUGUUGUGAGCCUUGAUUGGAACAGGAAAGCUAUCGGUGAAUUUUUUAAGGGGUAUGAUUGGGAUGUGCUUGCUGCUCGAUCUAUCUGGGCAUUUGGUCCUGAUAAGCAGGGACCUAACAUUUUAUUAGAUGAUACUCUUCCUACUGAAGUUGACAAGGGAUUGCUUAGUGCUGUUAAGGAUUCUAUUGUUCAAGGGUUUCAGUGGGGUGCACGAGAAGGACCACUUUGUGAUGAGCCAAUCAGGAAUGUAAAAUUCAAAAUCGUUGAUGCGAGAAUUGCACCUGAACCGUUGCAUCGCGGGUCGGGUCAGAUUAUUCCCACAGCUAGGCGUGUGGCAUAUUCAUCGUUUCUUAUGGCAACUCCUAGGUUGAUGGAACCUGUGUAUUACUGCGAGAUCCAGACACCAGUUGACUGUCUAUCAGCAAUCUAUACCGUGUUGUCACGUAGACGUGGACAUGUAACAGCAGAUGUUCCUCAGCCUGGAACUCCCGCUUAUAUUGUUAAGGCGUUUUUACCGGUGAUAGAGUCAUUUGGGUUUGAGACGGACUUGAGGUACCACACUCAGGGACAAGCAUUCUGCCUGAGUGUGUUUGAUCAUUGGGCUAUAGUACCUGGGGAUCCGCUGGACAAGAGCAUAGUUCUAAGGCCACUUGAGCCCGCCCCAAUCCAGCAUCUUGCUCGUGAAUUCAUGGUCAAGACCAGACGUCGAAAGGGAAUGAGCGAAGAUGUGAGCAUCAACAAGUUCUUCGACGAGGCUAUGAUGGUAGAGCUGGCUCAGCAAGCUGCUGACAUUCACCAAAUGAUGUGAUCGAUGAUUGCUCCGGAACGAGAAAAGAAGAUGCAAAUCCCAGCCCUGUAGUUGCUUGCUGUCUUGUGUCAUAGCUUAGCUAGAAAUGGUAUCACAGUGUACCUCUCUAUCCAUCUUCGGUUCCUCUUUGUUGUAGUUAGUUGCUUCGGAACAUGAAGAGCAAAAUGAAGAGUAUCUGUCUCCUUCAACCACAGUAGGCUCACCAACAUGAGAUCAAGAGUGUGUAUAAAUCUUGCCAACUGUAUUGCUCCUGCCUCCUCCUAGUCCUCCUCUAGGUUUGAGAAGAGGAUGCUGAUUUUGGUAGUGUGUUAAUUCGCGACUCAGAUGCGAACAUUGUACUGUAGUAAGCGGAGAACGAAAUCAGAAAUGGAGACCAACACUAUGUAAGAAACUGAAUCCACGUCUCUUAAACCGUACUUCUAGUCUGUUUGGGUUGUGUCGUGUGGUGUUGCUCGAACAGCCUGUUGGUUAAAAUUGCGCGACAUGUUCUAUCUAGUGUGAUUGUGUCUUGUAUUCUGAAUUAUUAUUAUUGUGGUUGCUCUUCGUUUUAGACCGCCUUCUAAAAUCACGAUCAACUGUACUAAGAUUCUGACAUUGUCUGUAUUUGAUAAACAAAUGUUUACAUGAAGUUCUCCAAGCUUAAACCCGUUGUUGAGCUGAAUGAGUCAACAAUGUGUUCCAUGGUCCGGUUGGAAGUGUUUGUUCAUUAACCGGUUCGGACUGGCUUGAGUGACAGAGCUGCCAUUUUGCGGUCCAACCGUCCUCUUCGAUCCGGUUUAACAACACUGCGUGCGUAUUAUCAAUUAUGUAUUAACACCCACGAGCGACGCACGUGAUCUCAGAAGCAGAAAGAAAGCAGAGACAAUAAAUCCUCUUCGAGUUUAUCGUCCUCUUCCUCUCAGCCCACAGCCGUCUGUAAAACGACUUUUCCUUGCCGGACAACCUCCUUUCCCGCCGUCUAUUUCGCUGUCCGGCGAAGAGUCUCCCGACGACCGAAGUCCUCCCAAGUCGUUCCGCCGUAAGUUCUUUCCUCUUUUUUUUUUUUUUAAUCCCCUUGCGAAAUCCAUAGAUUGCAGAUCCUUCACUAUCAGUGUUUUUUAUCUGGGAGACUAUCUUUCUUCAGCUAAGUCCGAUAAUGGAGUUUGAUGAUCAUGUGUCUCUCUGAAACUUUGGAAUUAUGCCAUUGUUGUGUUAGAGUUAGAUUUUUCUCUUGGGAAAUUACAUGGGUCUCAUUUGAAUAGUUGAAUGGCACUGUGAGCAUCCACAUUUUAAGAGUUAUAUAAUGUUAUAUGGCAAUACCUGAAUUAUGAUCUCCUCUGGCCAAUUUAGUAGACCCAAGGAAGAGCUGGGGAAAAUGCUAUUGUCAACGUCCCUGCGUUUACUCUAUCCCGCUAUCUCAUUUAGUUCACUACUUAAGCUCAAGUCUUCAACUCCAAGGUGUUUUCGCCUUCAAGAAUCGAUAGUUGGUUCAGGUUUGUGUGCAUGUGUGUUAUCUUUGGUUGGGAAGAAAUCUGGAAAAAAAAG